CAUUUGCAUCAUACUACAUCGCACAAAGUUCCCUUCUUUAAUUACCAGUACACCUUUUCUCUUCACUCUUUUUUUGCAACAAGUUUGUCAAUGGCCAUCUCUAAAGCCUUAAUUGCUUCAAUUGUUCUCUCUCUACUUGUUCUUGACCUUGUCCAGGCUGCCCAUGCCGAUCAAGCGACUGGCUACACUCCGACCGGCAAGGCAAUGAAUUGCAAGGGAGCCUGUGCCACAAGGUGCAGCUUAUCAUCGAGGCCUAACCUGUGCAACAGGGCAUGCGGAACCUGCUGCGCGAGAUGCCAAUGCGUUCCUCCCGGCACAUCUGGGAAUUACGAUGCUUGUCCUUGCUACGCUACCAUGACUACCCGCGACAACCGACGCAAAUGCCCUUGAUUUGCUUUCACUUAUUUUGUGAAAUGUCAGUGGAAUGAAUUUAAAUUUGUGAUCAUAUGAAGUAAAGGAAUAAAGGGUCUAUUUUUUUUCGUUUCGCUUUUUCCCCUUCUGUUUGUGGUCGUAAUAUAUUUUAGUGAAAGUGUUUUGUGUUAGAAAGGUUUACCAGUCUAUGAACUCAAGUUGUUGUAUAUUUGGAUGUUUAGUUUUAUAAUACUGCAAAUGUUUGUUCAGUAAAA